AUGGGUGAGAGUAUGGUUAUUGAUACCCCUGCUAUGGGUUCGGUAACUAAAUCUUCGAUUUGUUUGAAUUGUCCGCUGUGUAUUUUUGAUAGAGAUUUUGGGAUAGAUUUGGUUUGUCUUCCGUUAGUACAAGUGGAUGUUAUCCUUGGGAUGAACUGUUUGAAGUUCAACCGCGUUCAUAUUAACUACUAUGCCAAAAUGGUGAUGUUUCCAGAGUUCGUGGGAGGGGAAGAUUUGUUUGUAUCUGCUAAGCAAGUGAAUCAGUCUGUAAAGGAAGUUGCUCUUGUGCUUAUGAUGUUAGCUUCUUUCGAUGUAAAUGGUAAAGGAGUAACUGGCAAUCUACCUAUUGUUUGUAAUUUUCUAGAUGUGUUCCCUGACUAUAUUAGUGAUUUUUCGCCAGAGUGUGAGGUAGAGUUUACUAUAAACUUAGUACCUGACACUAGUCCUAUUUUGAUGGCUUCAUAUAGGAUGUCCGCUUCAGAGUUGAGUGAACUGAAGAAACAACUUGAGGAUUUGCUUGAGAAGAAAUUUGUGCGACUGGGCGUUUCAUCGUGGGGUGCGCCCGUUCUGUUAGUAAAUAAGAAAGAUGGUAGUAUGCAUCUGUGUGUCGAUUAUUAUCUGUUGAACAAAGUGACUAUCAAGAACAAGUAUCCACUUCUAAGGAUUGAUGAUUUGAUGGGUCAGUUAGUAGAUGCGUGUGUUUUCAGUAAAGUUGACUUGAGUUUUGGGUAUUAUCAGAUUCAUAGUAUGGUCAUUACGAGUAUUUGGUAA